ACUUCAAUCGAAACAAAGAUAAUUAGAAAAAGAAAAAGAAAAAAAAAAAAAGGGUAAAUCCCAAACCGCCUUCCCCGAAACGAACCACAGCGACCCUCAAUUAUAUUCAGAAACCCUAAAACCUCUCUCUCCAUUGUAACCCACUCGUCUGCGUCCCCAUCUCAACACUACUUUCCACAGGCACCAAAUCUCUCUCUCUCACGCCUCUCUUUGUGAUCGUUAUCUCAGUUCCUCGAACGCUUCUUUAAUCGUCUCCUGGUCUAGAUCUCCAUUUUUAGCAGAAGGAUUUCACUUGUCUCUCGUUUGGAUGUCUACUGCUUUGGAUAUGUCGCUUGAUGACAUGAUUAAGAACAGCAGGGGUAAUCGUGAGAGAACUAGAGGUGGUAGGGCCCCUCGUGGCCGUGGGGGACCACGUGGGUCCUUUAAUGCUGGAAGGAUGGCAGCUGGAAGAAUUCCAGGUGGAAGAAUGACAGGAGCAGUUCGUAGAGGUCCUCUCCCAGUGAAUACUCGGCCAUCCUCGUAUACCAUUGCCAAGUCUACCCGCCGAACCAAGCGUUUCCCAUGGCAGCCUGAUUUGUUUGAAGACAGCAUUAGAGCUGCGGGGAUAUCAGGGAUUGAAAUUGGCACAAAGUUAUAUGUUUCCAACUUGGACUAUGGAGUGACAAAUGAGGAUAUAAGGGAACUUUUCUCUGAGAUCGGAGAGCUGAAACGAUAUGCAGUACAUUUUGACAAAAAUGGCCGUCCAAGUGGUUCUGCUGAAGUGGUUUAUACUAGAAGAAGUGAUGCAUUUGCAGCAUUGAAGCGGUAUAAUAAUGUCCUAUUGGAUGGGAAGCCUAUGAAGAUUGAGAUUGUUGGUGCCAAUGCAGGGAUGCCUAUUUCGGCUCGUGUGAAUGUGACAGGAGUGCAUGGAAGGAAGAAAAGGACUGUUGUAAUGGGGCCUGGACCUGGUCGUGGUGGUGGCUAUGCUUUGCCUAUGGUUAAUCGUGGUUCUGGCAGGAACAGUCGUGGAGGGAUCAGAAAUGGUCGCGGGCAACCUCGUGGGAGUGGGAGCGGCCGUGGGCGUGGUCGCGGUGGGCAAGGGAGGAAGAAGCCUGUUGAUAAGUCAGUUGAUGAACUUGACAAGGAACUCGAUAGCUACCAUGCAGAUGCCAUGCAAUCUUAGUAAAACUGGAGCUGUGGGGAACUUGCUGGUAUCUCGAUCAGUAUUAGCUAUGGUAGCUGUACAAAAAUGACCGUUAUGAUUUUCGAGAUGUUAACUUAUUCUGCUUGGAUGUCUCAAUGCUUUUCAUUCUGGGCUAGCAAAUUUUAGAGGAAAUGAAGCUGUUGGUUGAUUUGAAAGUUUUUUCUUUCAUGGUAGAAUUUAUUUCUUGUAAUAUGAUGAUGCUUUAAUGUUCCGACGAUUUGCUAUAUCAGAUAAAGGAGUUGUGCAUAUUGUUUUUGGUGAAGACGUGGGACAACACAUGCACCCAGAAGUUUCAAAGAGAUAGAUUAGCAACCUGAUGUAUAUUAUUGAAAUUGGCCAAGAUCAUCUCAACAGUAUGUUUUUAGUAUUGAAGUUUUCAUUCUGGCGGGGAAGAAAACCAAGAUAUGGCUUGGAAUUUGUCUUUGAGUGUGGCUUGGUGGUAGAUGCUUUGUUUGGGCCUUCAUACAAUCCUGUUCUUCGUUUCAUGAAGAAAAAAACAGAAUUGCUUU